AGCCCGCCUCGUGACGUCACGCCCGGCGACGGCGAUGGGGCUGGGUGGCUGUGUGGCGCUACGAGUGGGGUCGCUGCUGUGGCGCGGGGCUGUCUCCCGGGGAGCUUGGCCUGCAGCAGCUGCGACACCCCGGCUUCAGCUGCUGGCGUUGGGACGGCUUCCCGCGGCACCGGCGCUCUUCCGGACCUGCCUGACUUCGCAGAUUGUGCGCGGCGGGCCUCAACGGGAGGAGCGGACGGACGGCGAGGGCCGCCCGGAGCCAGGCGCUGCAGAUAAUGCCAGUCCCAAGUUUGACAUCGAUAUGCUGGUUUCGCUUCUGAGGCAAGAAAAUGCAAAAGACAUUUGUGUGAUCAAGGUUCCUCCAGAAAUGAGAUACACUGAUUACUUUGUGAUCAGCAGUGGAACUUCCACCCGACACUUACAUGCCAUGGCCUUCUACAUUGUGAAAAUGUACAAAUGCCUGAAAUGCAAAAGUGAGCCUCAUGUUAAGAUUGAAGGCAAGAACACCGAUGACUGGCUCUGUGUGGAUUUUGGCAGCAUGGUGAUUCAUUUAAUGCUUCCAGAAACCAGAGAAACAUACGAAUUAGAGAAAUUAUGGACUUUACGCUCUUAUGAUGACCAGUUAUCUCAGAUACCGCCUGAGACAUUACCUGAAGACUUCAUUCUUGGAAUAGAAGAAGAGGACACUUCCUUGGUGACUCCAGUGGAGUUCAAAUGGUAUCUGGAAAAUGAAGCUGCACUUGGGGCACUUUAUAGAUGAGGAAUGAUCCAUUCGUGGUGAGUACAAGACCCAAUUACAGAAUUAUUUCUUAGUACCAGAUACUCCAAAAAUUACCAAUGCUAAAGGAAAAGGAAAACAUGAUUUGCCACACAAGGAUAAAAGUGAAAAAUAUGGCAGAAUUUAUACCAGCAGAUGUAAAUGUAGCACCUACUUGUAUUUUUUUAAAUCAAGUAAUAGAAAAAUCAAAUUUUGAGGAAGAGCUCUGGCCUUAAGUACAUCUCACCUGUAACCCAACAAGAAAGCCAGUCCAUGAUUUUUUUAGCAAUUUAAAUUCAUUGUAUGAAAAAAAAGGUGAAUUCAGUGACAAAAAGGGCACUUUUUGGCUAAAACUACAAAAUAAACUGGUCUUCUGAAAAUAUUUAGGAAAAUGAUUUUCAAAAUGUCUAAUUGAUAUUGCUGAUAUUCAGAAAAACUUGAGUCUGCAUGAAACUUAACUAGUCUGUGUAGAAAUUCAUCUUGAAAUACAAAUGAGGCAGUAUUUUAAAGGGUUAUAUAAUGCCCUUGAGAUCAGUGUAAUGAGAUGACUGUGAUCAUCUUAUGAAGAAAAGGAACAAAACAAUUCAGAGAGCAGCGUGGCUUCCAAACCACCCACACAACUGCACAAUCCUGGGCUUUGCCAUCAAGUUAAGGAAUGGUAAAUGAGUUCAGUUUCAAAGAUCAGGUGUUCUCAGGCAUUGAAAUUGCAUUCCCGUAACAUUUUUGUUGAGUCCUCUAACUUCUGACUUACUUUCAGAUAACGAGCACAGGGUGUGCUACAAUCUAUAUAUUUUAAGCAGACUUAAAAAAAAAUCAUCCAUUUCUUAAAAGUAGGUUAGCAAGGCUUUUGACAUUGCCAGGCACAAAGAAAUGUAGCCUUUUGUUAUUUUAAACUGUCACUGUCCUGUUGUAUUAUUCACAAAUCAAUUCUUUUGGAAUUUGCUCUUAAAGGUUACUGGCAAACUAAGCAUCCUGUAAGACAAGUUGAAGCUUGUUUUUUGCCUGUUUGAAGUCCUAUUUUUGCUAUCAACACAACUUUCUUCAGGUAGAUAGUCAAAGCACAAAGCAUUUAUGUAUUCAAUCAUAUAGUUAAUCAAGAAACCUGAAGUCUCCUAAAGCCAUUUAAAACUAGGUGUUCCAAAACCUGCCGCCACCACUUUGCUGUUAGCACCACCAAAAACAUUCCAACUAUAAACAAAUAAGUGGCAUCGCUGCUCUCCGAAUAUAGGCACUGCUCUAUAUCUUUGAACAUUUAUUGGAUUUUCAACUAAUAACUGUGUCAGAAGCCUCAAAAAACCUGAAAUUUUCUGGCUUUACUGUCACCAGCCAGAAGUAAAAUUAUUUUUCACUUAUUUGCCUGUUAGCUGACAGCUGUUAAGUUUUACAUUUAUUUUUUAAAAAACAGUUGGACUUUUAGCUUUAUAAAGUAUAUAAAAUUUUCAAAAAGAGUUGUUUUUCACUGUAUUACUGAAUACCUGAGGUAGUUGAGUAAAAAUGCACGUUAAUACCCCUGCCAACACCAUUCAGCACUUCCCUUAGGUUGUGUUAGUGUUAGAUUAAAAAUAAAAGAACAGGUUUUCUAUGCUAAUGGCUUAACAUCAAAGUUUCUGUGAUAAUUCUAUUCUGAUCCAAUUUUAACAAUUGGAUUUAGGAGCAAUCUUUUUGAUGAAUUUAGUGAAUGCACCAUUCAAGCCGAUUUCUGGCACUAUGGGGGAAUAUUAAGAAAAAUUAGAAUAUUCGUUAUACUGUGAGACUACAGCAAAGGGAAGUGCAGAGCUCUUUCUCUCCCUCUCCCCUUUUCUUUUCUCUUCUUUUCUUUAAAGCUGGGUGUCAAACAUUUCAGAGAGCAUAAAGUAUACAUUCUCACAGAGACAGGAGUUCAAAAGUUGCCUGGUCCUCAGAAACAACUGGCUAGGUAACAACUUGUGCAUGUGAUUCUGGAUGGGGUCAAAGUCCGUCUGUUGGUUAAGCAAUCUGUCUUUGGUUUGGCAUCUGCCUCUGUGGUGGGCUUUCCUGAGCCUUUACUUCCACCUUGACUGAGGUGGUCCACUUUGCAGAGCCUUCUGCUGUUGGUGCUGCUUUACCUGAGUCAGAAUUUCCUGAAUUUUUCUCUGGGCAACCUGCAAAAAGACAGAAAAAUCUGCCUAAUCAGAACUGACUUUAUUGUUUUCAUUUUAACAACUUCAAAAAUCCAUCUGAAGAUUAGAUACAUACUGAUAAUGGCUAGCAAUCUCUGAAAUCACCUACUAAAAAGCUAGGCACACAGGGGCUGGGGAUUUAGCCCAGCAGCAUAAGCGCCUGCCUUGCAAACAGGCAGUUGUGAGUUCGAUCUCUGGUACCGAUAAAAAAGAAAAAGACAAAAAAAAAAAAAAGCUAGGCACACUGGCACAUGGCUGUGGUCCCAGGUACAUGGGUGGGGGAGAAGGAUCAGUCCUUGAGGCCAGGAGUUCUGGGCCAGCCUAAACAGACUGAGACUCUUAAUCUCUUACAAAUAAAAACCUGUUGAGCAUCAAACAAUGUUAAAUAUUUUCAUGGAUGGUAGACCUGUGUGAGAACUGCUUCCACUUCAGAGAUACGCAAAAGAGCUGGCUUAUUUUAGUGCCCACUUACCUGGCAAGCAUAGAAAUGACCAGUUAUUUUGACAACCACUUGGUCAUUCUCAUCAGGUGUCUGGUCACGAGGGACAACAACUUCAGCACUUGACAGAUUCUGGAGUUCAUUCACCUGAAAGAGAAACACACAUCUUGUUAAGUAGCGUUUUAAAACACUACCAUUUCUGAAGCACUUACUAUGUACCAGACACUGAGCUAUGGCUUUGUAAGUUUCAUACUGUCACUAAUAAUUCUGAGCUUAAUAACAUUGUCCCCAUUUUAAGAUAAUUAGAACUUCAAGACUCAGCCAUAAGAAGUUAUCUGUCCAUUUACACAAGUAAAUGGGAAACAGAUUCAAAUCAUGGUAAUAUGAUUUCAAAGUAUAUGUUUUUAAUGAUUUUAAAAUUUUUAAGUAGCCUUGGAAAUGACCUACAUAUUAUGUUAGAAGAAGACUGGAGGCCAUUUGCUUUUUUUGAACAAAGUCACGAUGAAAUUUUAAAAUCUUCAGUUCAUUCACAUUCUUUAGCAUUUGUAGAAUGAAGAGCUUCAGUUGUAACAACAGAAUUGAUGCUGAAUGAUUUACAAUGCAAGACAUUUCUGUCAGUCAUCUGAAAGACAUUACUUUCACUAGUAGCUGACACCAGCACUCCAGUAUUACUCAGUUUUCUCCAAACCUUGGUCAAGAUGGUCUUGCUUUUUUAUAAAUUAGCCAAAAUUCAGAGACUUGAAACUCCUAAGUACCUCCCAGCACUUUCCCUUUCAUACCACCGCACGGGUUUUGCUGAAGUACUUGCCGUUUUGCCUCCUUUUCCAAUAACCCUGCCAGCAGCAAAGGAUGGCACUCUGAUAUGAGCUUCAAGUUUCACUUCUUCUUUAGGACUAACAAAGUUUUCUUCUUUAAUUUUUCCAUAAAUUCUUCCCUGAGCCUGCAGGCAAAGUACAACCUGUUAGUGCCUUUCAUGAUUGAAACACAAAAGUUGAACUGAAUCUAACUGGAAUGUUGAAGAUAGCAUACAAGAUCAUAAGAGAAGUUAAGGAGCCCUGGAAAGUGACAAUAACUGCAUGCACCACAUAUAAGGCAACAAUGAAUGAUGAAAGAGAAGCCAUACUCUUUUAUGAAAGCAGCCAAAGGCAACUGCUAGUCUGGCUAAAACACAUUUUUUUGUGGGCAAAUGGCCAUCUAUACUCCAUGCUUGAAAAAUAAAAACUCAUCUGGUAUAAGAAAUAAACUACAUUUUUCUUGAGCAAAAGAGACUGAGAAAAAGACACUGUGGUACAUGGCUAUAACCCCAGCUAUCCAGGCUGAGGCAAGAGCUACCAGGCUGAGUGCACCACUUGCCUGGGCAGCACAGCCAGAUUCAAAAAAAAAAAAAAGGUACUCAUAUCCUAAUAUUUAAAAACAAAACAAAAAAACCUGGGAAAGAACUACACAGCCAGCUGUGCCACACUCACAAAGAGAAAUGCUCCUGUCUUAAUGACCAGAUAGAAACCUGGUGAGAGGAAUAUUCUGUGUAAACAUGUUACUACUUAGCCAGGCGAUUUCUGCUAAGAAGCUCCAAACUCAAGUUAACACUUACACGUAGCACCUUCUGUUAGGUACACUCGUUAACUUGCUGUGGUUGCACCAUAGGAAAUAGAACUUGAUCUAAUCUGACUAGACCAAUCUGACUGGAACAAUGCACAAAAACACUGUUGGUGUAGAAAUGCUAAGCUCGUUGUAGAGGAUUAAAGACAAAAUUUUAUCUGUACUGUAUUCCAUCCAACCUUAAUGUCUCAGCCAACAUGGUCAAAGAACUCCAGGAAUGUUCAAUGUUGUCUAAAACAUAAGCUCUUAAAAUUUGUGAGAGAAAACAUAGGAUAGGAGGUUAACUAUUCCUUAGGUUACUAACAUAAAGUACUCAUUUUGAAUAGUCACUGAUCACGUGAGUGACUUAAACAUUAUGGCUUCUCUAAGUGUUAAUCUUUUUUUCUUUUUCUUUUUUUUUUUUUUGCUUUUGAGAGAGGAUUUCAACUACACAGAGUUCAGGCUAGUCUUGAACUUAGCGUGAUCCUUCUAUCUCCACAUCCCAAGUGCUGGGAUUAACAGGUGUGCUCCACCAGGCUUGCUCUUGAGUAUUAGUUGUAAGAUGACUGUAAUAUUACCAUUUGAGGAAACAUGGAAAUAACUGAAUCUCUUACCAUACAAGCAUAUAAUAAUUGCAAGACAGUAAUUCCAACUAUAAAUAAAAGCACUAAAGAGAAACAUGCAAUAAUUGAUGUUUGGUUAUGGUUCUACUUAAUCUUAGACAUGAAUUUUCAGAUUCUGUCUACUGUAUAUAAGUGAAUAUAUGUAUGUAUAUACACACAUACACAUACCUGUUCUGCAAAAGCACUGUCAUUCACCCCAUCAUUUGCUACCUGUGCACAUACCUUAAACUGCGCCUCUGGUGGUCCAGUAAUGAUCACCAUCCUCACUUUAGCAUCUGGUGCUUCAGCUGGAGCAAUCUGUAACAGACCAUCAGCAACAAGUUGUUAAACUUAUUGGUGUCACUGAUAGAAACCUUAGGCCAACCAAUGUGACACCUGCACAUAACUGACUGAAAUGCAGCCUGGCGUAGUAGCCCAGUCUUUGAUCAGACAGUAACUAAGGCAGAGGGGGCAGCUGCUGUUUGGGUUGCCUGGGGUUUGAAUCACUACACUAGCAGCACUCAAGUGUGCUCCGCAGCCUAUCUGCAUCUCAUCUAAGCCUUACCCUGUGUUGAGACUACUGCAUUCUAUGACUUUUUCUGUCAGAGGAAAGGGCACUGCUUUUUAAAAAUAAUGUCUGAGCUCCUUUCACAUCAUUUACAAAGAAAACUUGAUUUACAUACAUUGUCAGAUUUAUAAAUCACACACACAUACAAAGACAGCAGGCAGAAACCAGCCUUCUCACGUCACAGGAAAGAUUUAGGGAUGACUCCCAACCAGGGAGUUGUCAAUCACCAUAAAAGAAAAACUUACUAAACAGUUGCUGUGAAAAAAACAAAAUAAUCCUUACUAUGUGAAACAAAAUUUUUAAAAAGCAUGGUUAUUUAUGAGAAAAAAAAGCAAAAAUACAAGUUACCCUAAGUUUUGCCACUAAGGAUUACUUUGUUCCCUAGACCUUUUCCCAUGUGUGUUUAAUAUUAAUGUCUUUUUAAUGAAGUCAUGUUUCCUGUCUCCAUCAACAAAGCUAACAUUUCUGUCCCCUAGAGCGAAGUUCCUUUAUGAAGUGUACGGACUUGUUUUGAGUUUAGUAAAAGCUCGAGAUUAUUCACAAGAAAUCACUAUUAAUCGGCCAGGGAUAUAGGUGAGUGGCAUAAGCACCUGCCUGGCAGGUGCAAGGUCCUGAGUUUGGUUCCUGGGUACCCACCAAAAAAAAAGAAAGAAAAGAAAAGAAAUCAUCGCUUAAAAAAAAGUAUCGUUGUUCAAGUUUCAAACAAUGGAAUUUUUGAGUUUUUCCAAUUUUUUUGUAUGUAGUGUUGAAGAUUGAACUCAAGGCCUCAUGCAAACUAGACAAGUGCUUUGCCACAUAGCUACAUUGCUCACUCACUGUGUGUUUUGUUUUGUAAAUAUCUGUCAGUACUGGUGACAAGAGCUGGGGCGAACGGAACUCAUGCACUGAAGUUAGGAAUAUAAAUUGCUGUAUAUAAUCUCUCAAACCUGAAAAAAGCACAUGCCCUUUAAUCCAGUGUCUACUUCUAUAAGUCUGAAGUUGGUUAUCUCAUUUUACUUAUCAUCGGAUUGCUUGUACAGGGUAAAAUUAGGAAUGUAAAUAUCAUGGCCUGGUGACCACAUGUAUGCCUAAUAAUGUCUAUGUUUUGAGAUGUACCCAUAUGUAAAUUUAUACUAAGUAUUAACAGUUGUGGUCAUCCUUGCAGAUUACAUAUUUCAGACUUUAUGGAAACAUUUUUCAACCUCACCUGGAAAUGUUCAUAGCUGGAUGUGGUGAUACAUGCUAGUAAUCCUGACACUCUGGGAGGCUAAAGCUGGAGGAUCCCAAGUUCAAACCCAGUGUGUAUAACUUAGAGACCCUAUCUCAAAAUCUCAAAGUGCUAAGGAUUUAGCUCAGUGUGAAGGCAAUGGGUCUGAUCUCUAGAGCGGGAGACAUCAGGGGUUGACACCAGGAACUGGCAGAAGGACUUCAACAGAAAAAUAAAUGAGCUUUUAAUAAUAACCAAUUCCUAUUUAAGAACUGUUGCUCAGUUAUUUUCCAAAAUGGAUCUACCAGGUUUGUGUUUGAGCACAUCUCACAGAUUGUAUUUUGUGUGUGUGGUACAGGCUGAGCUCAAAUUUUUAGUCCUGUUGCCUCAACCUCCCAAUGUUGGGACUGUAGGCCUGUACCUCCUCUCCUAGCCUCAAAGGUGUUUGUUUGCUUCUUUGAACUUAAUCAUGAAGUAGUACAAUAGUAAAGUCAGGUCUUCACUUGAUCUUUUACUGUGUCUUUUCACUUUACCCACUUUGGCUAGGUUUCCUGGUCCUGGAUUUCAUUACCUUUUACUGCAAGGAUGUAUGUAAGGACUCUUUUUCUGUUUUGACUUCUAAUUAUUUAAUUUUCAUACUGUAAGUCAUUUUUGGUGUCUAGGUCUAGGAAGAUAAAUGCAUACUCAUGUUGUUACCUCAAUAUUAAAAUACAGAUUGGUUCCAUCACCUACCAGUUAUUCGUUCUCCUCUUGAAGCUGUGUUUUCACUCCCUCCUCCUUCCUUUCCUAGCAACCACCAACUCUCCCUAUAGCCUGCCUUUUCUAGAAUUAUUAGUCACACAGUGUAUGGCCUUCUUCCUCUCAGCGCUAUGAAUGGUUCCUUUAUAGUGCUCAGUAAUAUUGUGUAGAUAGGUAGAUCAUACUUUAUCCAUUCACCAUUUGAAUGGUUUAUUUGUGGAGUUACAAUAAAGACUUCAUAGAAGUGUA